AUGAUAAAUAUUUAUCAAAGUAAUAAUAGUAUAUCAAAUAGUAGUGCAGAUGAAAAUGAAGAAUUAUCUUUUUCAGAAAAUGAAGAUAAUAAUAUAAUAAUAAAUGGUGAAAAUAAUAAUUUAAUAAAAAAUUCACACCAAUCAUCAUCUUCUUCAAAUCUAAUGUUCUCUGGUAGUGAAAAUUAUAUGAUAGUUAGUAGAGUUUUAUCAGAUAAUAGUUUAUUCAUAAUGGAAAAUGACAUUGAAAAUAAAGAUAAUAUAAUUAAUAAUAAUAAAAAUAAUAAUAGUAAUAAUAAUGUUAAUAUAGAAACAUAUGAUAAAAUUGAUACACCAGGGAAUGAUAUUAAUGGUGAUAAAGAAAUUAAUGAUAUUAAUAUACCAGAUGAAAAUGAAAGAAAUUCACCAUCAAAUACAAGUCCAUUAUUAUCUUCAUCAUCAUCUCAACCACAACAACCACAACAACAGCCAAAUUAUAAAGGAUAUACAAAUCUAACACCUACUCACUCAGAUUCAGAAGAUUCUUAUGAUGAAAUUGAUACUUACGAUAAUAUGUAUAUUGAACAACUUAAACAUAGUAAACCAAUUAAUAUAAGGAAUAGUAGUGAUGAUUUUGAAACAAUUGAAAUUAAAACUGAAUUUAAAGAUAAUAAUAAUUAUGAUGAUUAUGAUGAUGAACAAUUAAAUGAUAAUAGUAAUAAUAAUAAUAAUAAUAAUAAUAAUAACACUAUUCAUAAUAAUAAUAAUAAUUUAAAUUCAAUAUCUAGUAAUUCAAUAUCACCACCAACAGUAUCACCAUUUAAAAUACUCUUAACAAAUAAAUUAAAAUCGAUUAAAGAUAAAAUUGAAAAUUCACCAAAUAGUGAUAAAUAUAAUACAUUUCCAAUGGAUAGAUAUAACAAUAUACCGAGUAGUGAUAUUUCAUUAUUUUCAUCUUCUCCUGCGUAUGAUAUUGUAGUUUUAAAUACAAAUCAAUCAUUAACUUUAACAACAACCUCAACAACCUCAAAUAAUUGUAACAACAGUAAUAAUAAUAAUAAUAAUAAUGGUAAUCAUAGUAAUAGUAAUAGUAUUGGAAGUAAUAGUAGUUUAAAUAGUGGUAUUAAUUCAAUAUUAAGUACAUCAUCUAUGACACCAUCAAAUUCGAGUCAUUUUCAUGAUAAUAAUAAUAAAAAUAAUAUAACUACUGAUGGUGAAAGUGAAACAUCAUUUGAAACCGAUAGUCAAAUUAGUAGUAAAGCUUUGGAUGGCGCAGGUGGUGAGACAAUAUUUGAUACACCUCACCAUAAUCAUCAUCAUAAUCAUCACCAUCAUAGUCAUCAUAUUAUUCAUCAUGAACUUCAUCAGAAUCCAAAUGGUAAAACCAUUUUGUAUAGUAAUCCAAAUUUAAUAAGAUAUAAUUCAAAUUCUUCAAUCACAAGACCAGUAUUAUCAUAUGAAAGAACCAAACUAAACUAUAAGAUAUUGUCAUUACUAUCAUUGUCAGUGUUUUUCUCAGUCAGUAAUUUAUAUUAUGCUCAACCAUUACUUAAUGAAUUUGUUAAGGAAUUCAAUAUAUCAAAUAGUGUAGCAUCAUUAAUUACAAUGGCAGUUCAACUUGGUUAUGCAUUGGGUUUGUCACUCAUUUCAAUUCUUGGUGAUUCAAUGUCAAAGAAAAAGUUAACAUUGGUUCUAUCAUUAAUAACCUGUGGUUCUUUAUUUGGUAUUGCCACUUCACCACAUAUCAUAUCGGUAAUUAUCUUUCAUUUCAUAGUUGGAGCAUCAACCAUCAUUCCAUACAUUGCAAUUCCUUUGGCAAUGGAUAUGACCAAUCCAUCAGAUCGUAGUAGUAUCGUUGGCGUUUUAUUAUCUUCAGUUUUCGUUGGAUUAUUAGGUGCACGUGUCCUAUCUGGUGUAAUUGGUUAUCUAUUUGGUUGGAGAACUGUAUUUUAUUUUGCUGGUGUAACAAUGUUUAUUAUUUCUUCAUUAUUAUUUUAUUUUUUACCAUAUACUCCAAGAAAUCAAAAUACUAUGCCAUAUAAUAAAUUAUUAAUAUCAGUUUAUGAAUUUUUAAAAAAAGAAAAAGUAUUAAGACAAACUUGUUUUAUUGGAUCAAUGGUAUUUUCAACAUUUUCAAUACUUUGGACAACAUUAUCAUUUAGAUUGAAUGAAGAACCCUAUGAAUAUCCAUGUGCAUUCAUUGGUUUAUUUGGUUUAAUUGGUAUGGCAGGUGCAAUUUCUUCCCCAUUAUCUGGUAGAUUGGCUGAAAGAUUUGGUAUAAAUAGAUUGAUGAUAGUUUAUUUAUUAAUUUGUGCAGUUGGUUAUUUAAUUUUAAUGUUUUUCGAUUAUCAUAUCAUUGGUUUAAUUGUUGGUAUUUUCAUAUUGGAUUUAGGUGUUCAAUCAUGUCAUAUUAGUAAUCAAUCAAGAAAUAAUCUUUUAUCCUCCUCCUUACAAGAUGAUACUUCAAAAUAUAAUAUCAAUACAAUUUAUAUGGCUUCUUAUUUCAUUGGUGGAAGUAUUGGUUCUGGUUUAUCUGGUGUCAUUUUUGCUCAUUUUGGUUGGGCUGGCUCUUCAAUAGUAGCACUUUUAUUCCUAAGUCUUGGUUUAAUUUGUCAUUUAAUAACUUAUGAAAAACCAACAUUUAUUUCAGUUCCAAUUGAAGAUUAA